AGUACCUGACUGGGGCUACAAGCCCCUUCCAGCUACUCUCUGAGCAUGAUCUGCUCUGCUUUGGUUUGGAUAAGCUUGCAAGGAUUUGUCAGCCAGAUGUGACAAGAUUGUCAAGAGGCAAGCAAAGAGGGAGAUCUGAUAUUAAUCAGCGCAUAGCUCGAAGCCAAACUUUCUCAGAUGCAGUGUACUAACAUGUUCUUCUCAUUUACUGCUUUUCUUUGUGGCCACAAAGCUGCCACUGUCUUGCUGUAGACCGCUGGACUAGAAGCCCGAACAAAAAAACAAAACAAAAAAAAAACAAAACCCUUUUUUCUUUUUACUUGUCUAGAGCGAAUUAUUAUCUCAUGGCGAAUCAGGCUAUCUGCUGCACCCUGCUAAACUGUAACUGUGAGUGCUUUAAACCAGGAAAGAUUAAAAUAAGACAAUGUGAACACUGCCGGCAUGGAUGGGUAGCGCACGCUUUAAGCAAGCUUAAAGUGCAUCACCUGUAUCAAGGCAGUCAGGUGGAGAUAGUCCAGUCGAACGUGGUCUUCGAUAUCAGCAGUCUGAUGCUGUACGGAACCCAAGCUAUUCCAGUCCGACUUAAAAUUCUCCUUGACCGCCUCUUCAGUGUAUUGAAACAGGAGGAGGUCAUCCAGAUCCUCAAUGCUUUGGACUGGACCUUACAGGAUUACAUUCGUGGAUAUGUCCUUCAGGAUGCCACAGGAAAAGUACUGGAUCGCUGGGCCAUUAUGACCUAUGAAGAGGAGAUUGCUACAUUGCAACAAUUUCUUCGUUUUGGAGAGACCAAGUCAAUAGUGGAGCUCAUGGUCAUCCAAGAUAAGGAAGGACAAGCAGUAGCUGUGUCAAACUCCAGAACUGAUUCAGACAUUCGGGCAUUUAUAGAAAGCAAUUCCCACAGGAGCCCUAGCCUUUCUGCUAACAUUGAAAAAGUCACCUCCAGCAACGUUCACCACUUUGAAAACUUUAUAAACAGUAUGGCCUUCAUGCUGCCGUUUCAGUUUCUCAGCCCUGUCCCAGCAGCACCUGUGAUCGGCUCCUCGACAGAUACUUUCCUUCUUGAGCAGGGUCAGAGACAAAGCCACAAAACCAAGCAAGAGGUUCAGAUUCCUGCGACUGAGAGCAGCCUCUUGGGUUCCAGUUCUGCUUCGGUUGCAUCAGACAAUGAAAGAAACUGGAACUCCCAGCAAGAAACUGCCACCAAAGUGGAAGCAGAGGAAUUCCCUGGCAGCGAUGAGUAUUCCGACGCUCCUUCAACUCCGUGCAAUGCUUCUGUUAGUUCCGAGGUGGCGCAGAUGUCCCCGGAGACCAGCAUGCGAUCUCCUGACAAACACAACGGCAGCGGGCCAAGGAAGGGACGGGUUUACUGCAGCGCCUGUGAAAAGACCUUCUACGAUAAAGGAACGCUCAAGAUCCAUUAUAACGCUGUUCACCUCAAGAUCAAACACAAGUGCACAAUACAGGGCUGCAACAUGGUGUUCAGCUCCCUGCGUAGCCGCAACCGCCACAGUGCCAAUCCCAACCCCAGACUCCACAUGCCGAUGAAUAGAAACCACCGGGACAAAGACAUGAGAGGCCAUUCAUCUGCAGACGUCACACCUGAGGUUGAAAAGAAGCUUGAUUUCAGUGCCAGUGUGCCGACAGACGGCAGGUCUGUUUCUACCUAUAUACAAAGCAGCUUCCCCAACGUUGGGCAGAGUGGGAUACUGUUUCCAAACCUGAAGACCGUCCAGCCUGUGCUGCCUUUUUAUCGGAGUCUAGUCACUCCAGGCGAGCUUGCUAACACCCCAGAUACCCUGCCUUCAUUACCUCUGAUUUCUUCAUCUCUUCCAGAGCAGCCUGUGGCAGAACUGUCCUCUGAUCCCAUACCAAAGAAAAAAUCUCGCAAAUCCAGCAUGCCCAUUAAGAUAGAGAAAGAAGCUGUUGAGAGUGUCGGCGAGCUCGCUGAAGACGAUAGCUCGGGAGACGACGUUCCCCUGCAGAUAAGAGGGAAAGGUGAAUCCGCAAGUGAAAGGUUUGAGAAACAAACUCCCCACCAAGGGGACAGCAGUGUCAUUCAGUCAACAGACCGAGACAUUUCUACAGCUUCACUCCACAGCCACGUAGACCCCAAAUCAAAUCAAGAUUCUAAUAUCGCUGAAGAGAGAGAAGAUCAAUUGUACCACUUGAGAAAUGGUGUUAAAUGUGUGCUGGAAGGAAGUGUAAUCUCACUUACCCCUGAAAAAAACCAAAAAGAAAAUAACAAUCUUCUUAAACCAGUACACAUGUCCAAUGUGGAAAGCUGUGCUAAAAAGGAGCCAGAAAUUCAUCCAUGUGACGAUGAUUAUGUGGAAAAUGAGCAUAGAGUACAAAACAGGGGGUUCUUCCAAAUUUUAACUGCUAAUAAAGAAACGGCAGUAAAUUCUGCAGACUCCGUACUCAUGACUUGCACAGCACCGCAUUUGAUUUGCUCAAACAAAGAAGAAGCCCCUCAUCACUGUGAGAUCUGCAAUAAGACAUUCAAAAACCCCUACAGUGUGAAAAUGCAUUACCGAAAUGUGCAUCUGAAAGAAAUGCACAUGUGCACUGUCGAGGGCUGCAAUGCAGCCUUUCCCUCCAGGAGAAGCAGAGACAGGCACAGCGCCAACAUGAAUCUGCACCACAAGCUGUUGACCAAAGACCAAUACGGAACCCCAAGCUCGCUCUUCCCCACCCCGGCUCCCUGCAGAGAUCUAGCUAAAGAUUUCCACCCGGACAUCCUUUUAAAGGAACACGUUGCACAGACUUCCGUGAUCUUUAAAGGAGCGAACAGGAUGGGUCUGGUUUUUCCAAUGAGUAAGAGCAUGGAGAGCUGCUUUGCCCCCCUGGGAGGGAGCCCCAUGGAGGAGGGGGCCGUGCUGGAUCUGAGCACCACUUCCAUCCUCAAAUCAGGAAGCAGCACCCACUCCUCCUGGGACUCUGACGGGGGGAGCGAGGACGGCAUCCCCGUGGAGGACAGUGAUGAAAGCUACGAAGGGUUAAGUCUGACGCCCAAAGAGGAACUGCAUCAAAACCUGGCUUUGAUUGAGAAAGCCAGUGACUGCUUUACACAACACUUGCCAGCUGGCUCGCCAAUAACUUGCCAUAUGUGCCAGAAGGUAUACAGCAACAAAGGAACAUUCAGGGCUCACUACAAAACUGUGCACCUCCGUCAGCUGCACAAGUGUAAAAUUCCCGACUGCAACACUAUGUUCUCAUCGGUACGAAGUCGAAACAGACACAGCCAGAACCCUAAUUUACAUAGGAACAUGAGUAGCGGCACAAGCAACGAUCAGCUGUAAGCAUGUGGAAUGUGUAUUUAAAAUGCCCCAUCAAAAAUUUGGAUUCAAGUAUUUUAAUUUAUUCAUGCAAACCGCUAAUAAAAUGUUCAGUAAUGUGGGGUCAAUUUCAGUCCUGGUAACGGCAGAGCCAUUAUACCUAGUGGGCAGGUGCUAUGAUUAUUUGGGAUUAGAUGUUUAUCUUGAUUAGAAUAUAGAUAAGUGCUGUAUAUUAUGGUGCUUGCACAACCACUUUUCUGUUUUAGUUUCUCCUGAAUUCAUUUUUUUUUUUUUUUUUUUACGCAUUCUAACCCAACUUUAACCGAGUCAUUGCAGAGUAAAUUGAUAAAUUCAGCUGGUUAUGACACACAAAAAGAAAAAUAAGAGACUGAAGUUUAUACUGUGUAUCCUACUCAUAUAGGCUGCGACUGCAUUCAUAUGUAACAGCGAUAUGGCGCUGGGUGUACCAUUUUAUAUAGAGAGAAGGAAUAAAAGCUAAACAGUGACACCCUUAUAAAAGUAUACCAUAGUAAAAGCAGAGCAAAGUGUAAUAAAGCAUAGUGAAAGCAUGCUAAAGCAUAGGUAAGCAUUGUAAAGAACAGCGAGAUAUGGUGAAGCAUAUUAAUAAACAUGGCAAACUAGGUUAAAUCAUGGUGAAUACCAUGGGAACAGCGUUUUAAAACUGCCACAAUACCAUGCAAAACUACCAUGGUAAGCUUUUAUAAGGGCAGACAGACCUGUACUGUACACCAAUGUCCAUCACAUGCAACAGAAGGCCUGUACUUGCCACUCUAAUAUAAAAAAAGUGAAAAGAAAGAAAAAACAACAUGACCUUAAUCCCUGAAAUGACCCGUGUCCUUCACCCAUUGUCAUCUUCAUUUGGCAAAAUAAGAAAGAAGAUCCUUUUCAUGCAAAGAACUGAAAAUCUUAGCUUUGUAUCUGAGAUCUCACUCCCCCAGGUCUCCUUUCUAAGCACUUAUUUUAUUAUCAAGACUUUGCUUGCAUUACGCUAGGUGCAAAGUUUCGUUCAUCACAAAGCAUAUCAAGGUACCAUAUAUGGCAUCCAAAAGCUUUACCUGCAAUUUCUUCUAUCGCUACGCUUGUUAAUAUGAAUUGUGCCAAACAGGGUGCUUUACCUGUGUCUGUUUAUGUGUUUAGUUUAGCAAACAGAAGUCUAGAGUUUUCUGUGUAUCGUUUUGUUUUUCAAUAAUAUGCCGUAGUCUUGGUGCAGUUGUAAAUUUGAGGUCUGUUGAGUGGCAUUUUUGCAUCUUGAUCGUAGGAGACACUUGUUUAUAGAAAAUUGUGUAGCAUUCUUGACGGAUAAGUUAUUGUUUUGAUAUCGUCGGUAAUCAUUCUUCUGUUAUGGUACGAAAGAGGCUAAAGUUGACCAAAGAGUUCUAUUACUUUUAUGAAACCACUAAAAGCUCUAUGCGUGAGGAAAGCAGUAUUAAAUUGCCCUGAUGAGAUAUUUCAAACAUAUCCAGUGUGUUUCAAAUUGUAUCCAUGGCGAUAGGAAAGCCAAUGUUUGGAAGCCAUGUCACAAAAUGUGGCUACAAUUAACUUGUCAGUCAAGACAAGAACAGGGUACUUCAGUGUUCAUCAAACUGUAUAUUUUGUGAAUAGGGGAUCAAUCACGUUUCUCUGAAAGAAACCAAAUAAUCUUGUAUUACAUUCUUUUUUUUAUAAUCAUCUAAUUGAUAUGUGAUUAAAUGUCUCAACUACACAAGUCUUGUGGUACAGGGAAGUGUACUAGUCUCUGUUUCAAAGGCUGUCCAAAAAUAUAUAUUUCUCAGAUUGACAUUUUAUCUUUUAAAGUCGUUUUCUAAAUUUGUAAUGUGACACGUUGCUUUUUGCAUCAUUUCAGUUUCUCUUUUUUUUAUGAUUGUCAAAUUGAAGAUUUUGUAGUAAAACAAAAAGAAAUGUAAAGCAAAGAAACUGGCAGAUGUCAACCCAUUUUCUAAAUAUUGGUGUAGCAGUAUUCAUCCCUUUUCAUUUAAAAAGCCAUAUUUGGUUUGCAUGCUUUUGCUGCGUUCAAUAUUUGUUGUUUUAUACACAAAGGGCACAUUGUGUGGAAGAAAGCUGAUUUAUACAACAUGACAGAACAUAGAGACAAAAUAAAUGGCUGUAAUAAAAGUGUUUAAUAUGACC